CCCCCCUCCUGCUGUCGCCACCGGAGAAAGAGAGAGGAGGUUGGGGUGGCCUUCGUGUAGCUUGGAUGAUGGGAGUUGUAGUCCUACCCAAUCAGGACAGCUGCCGUAAACUCUGCUUCUUUUCCAGGGAUACAUUACUAUUACGGUAUGAAGCAACCUGAUGGAUCCCUAAUGUAUCCUGAGGCUUGAAGCUGAUGUUCCAAGUGUUAAAGUCAAUGCCUGGAUUAGGAUUCUAAUCUUAUGGCUUAGAAUUAUGAUUAAUUCUACAGACAGAGUUAUUACCAUUGCUGUUGAUGGACAGCUACCAGUCUCACUGAUAUCAAACUUAUGUUCUGUAGCAUUGGCUUUUCUCCUGACAUUCAGUCACAUAUAUUUGUGCAAAUAAAAUGAACAGUUAAGGAACAAAUUGGCAAUAUCAAACAUCAGAACACCAAUGCUAAUGAAGUUUAUUGCCAAAUAGUAGACUAUCAUAAACCAUCUAUUGCAAAAUAUUUGCACAAUUGAAUUCUGAGUAAAUAUAGAUGGGCCUGCACCCUGUUUUAAUGCUUUUUCCUUCUGCACUCAUAGUGGAAUAGAUUUUAAUUUUUUUUUUUUAAUCUGCAGAGACCUUAGACGCCUUUGCAGCUUUAGGGAGAUAGAGGAAGAAAUAUGUGUCUUUUUACACUAUUAUAAUUACGACAUUCCAAGAAUUUUUUUUGCUAUCUCCAAUUAUUCCCAAAUUUGAGGGCCAUUCAGAUAAAUAUUAUGUACCUUAUCUUCUAAGGGAUGUUAUUCCUUCACAUUUCAGAUAGCAAAAUAUCUUUGUCAUGCCACAAAGCUCUGAUUUAGAUAUUGUUUAUUGUAUUAUUAUACUGUGAUAAUUCUCUUCAUGAAUUUCUUCUAACAAUUUCUUCCUUUUUGUUUGAAUGCUGGCCAAAGACCAUUAUAACAUGUAUGCAUGUACAUGUAUGUAUAUACCAUGAUCAAUUUUAUCAAAGGCUUCCCAUUUUAGAAGCUAGAUGUUUAUAAAAUGCCAUGGUUUCUCCACUGUCUGAUUUUGCACACCUUCACAUCUACUCUGCCUCUUCAAAUUUCAUCAUGAUCCCCUAAAUUUCUUUAUGACCUCUUGCAGCACAUGCCUCCCAAUUUGGGAACCCUUGGCCUGGAAAAUAGGGCAAAUGCACAAGCUUGAUAGUCUCUUUUCUUUUAUCACCAUUUAUUCAUUGCUUAUAAUGUUCCCAUGCCAAACAUUUGAUUAUAUUAACUGAGCAGCAUUUAAUACUGGAUGUUUUCCUGAGACAUCAGUAUUUUUCCAUAAUUUUGCUUUUUUUGUUCAAAACUGCUAAAAGCCACAGUGGAGGGGAAGAACCUGACACAACUUGUUUUAUGUCAUGUGUCUGACUAAUGAAACACUUCAAAGAAUUUUCAGGCAUGGUUCAACCUAAAAAAACCCUUUAUUAGCAGAGACAUGUCAGCACGGCAUGAAGAGGAUGACAAGAUCUGAACUUCCCUUUGCACAUAACAUUUUAUUUUGAUGUGCAAGAGGAAGUUAUCAAAAUAAAUAUGGAUUAAACUGCUGUUAAAUCAGCUUAACUUUCUCUCUUCAACUGUUUCUGGGUUCAAGUGGUAUUUUUUCUUUUCAAUAGGCAAAAAGUGGCAGCAGUUUUACUGAUGUGCUUCACCAGUCAUUGGAUCAGACCUACUUUGACACAGCUGGGAUCCUUCAAACUAUUUAUUUAUUGAUAUUUAUUCACUUAGUGUGUAUAGCUGCCCAUCUCCCAUGGGGGACUCUUGCCCAGUCGCUGAACCAAUCUCCAGAUCAGAAGCCUGCCUUAGAAAGAGGGAUCAGCAUCAGCCCAGCCAGCACCUGGCAUAUUAUCAGCUAAGAACUAAUGGGGAGGGAGCAGGUGGGACUCUUCUUCAUAGUGCCAGCCCUCCAUUUAGCAAUUGUCAGUGAAUGAGGGAUGAUUUCCUUUUUGAAGUUUUCUUGCCACUUGGUGAUAUUUGGAGGAAGGGGAGAGAAACAAAGCCAAGAGACUCCACCAAUUUCUUUCCUCGGUAUGCUCUCCAUUUUGUUUGUUUGUGUCCUGCCUUUAUUGUUUUUACAAAUAACUCAAGGUGGCAAAUAUUCCUAAUAUUCCCUCAUACUCCUAUUUUCCCCACAACAACAACCCUGUGAAGUGGGUUGGGCUGAGAGAAAAUGACUGGUUCAAAAUCAUCCAGCUGGUUUUCAUGACUUAAGGCGAGAUCUGAACUCAUGAUCUGCUUUCUGCUCCCGCUGGUGCCUUAACCACUAGACCAGGGGUAGGCAACCUUGGCUCUUCUAUGAUUCGUGGACUUCAAUUCCCAGAAUUCCUGAGUCAGCAUACUCAGGAAUUCUGGGAGUUGAAGUCCACGAGUUAUAAAAGAGCCAAGGUUGCCUACCUCUGCACUAGACCAAACUGCAGAUAAGGGCAUCAUCAGUUGGCCAUACGGUCCUGUGGACAGGGAUGGAGAUCAGCAAUGGAACAUUAUUUUUUUGCAGAGACACUAAUAUUAUGCAGGUUUAAGGGCUGGCAGAUAGCAUUUUGAGUCAGACAUGGAGAAAGUCUUCUGAGAGAAAAGAUUUGCUAUCAAGUUAUUAUGCUUGACCAGUUGGAUGGUAACAGUAACCAUGAAAAAUACGUACUUUUAUAGCUUUGAAGUCAAUAAAGCUGAGGACAGGCUGUGCCUUGACUCGCAAAACUGGUUGUAAAGAAGGGUUUUGGAAAAAGAACAGUUUAUUUCAUAGAAAAUAGUUGUUUGAAGGCUUUCUAAGGAGUCGGGAGGCUCUGAGUGUCAGAUGGCGCACCUGAAGGACAGUCUCCCUCCUUAUCUUCCCCUCUGCAGUUCAAGAAAAUGCAUUUGAGGACACUCUUAUCUCAGUGUGCACUUAUUUUGUUUUUUCCAACAGUGUUGAAAACAUGUUAAGAUGACAAAACAAUAUGCAUACUAAUAUUUAACAGUGGUUUGUCCAAAUCAAACCAUUCAAACAGGUCAAACAAGGCAAAACAAGGAUCUACAGUAUUGCAGAGUGCAGUUACUGGAAAUAAGGCUUGAACUGCAUGGAGCAAGUGCACGUGGAAAUAUACAGCUUUACUUGGCUUGUUGCUAAAUAAUUAAAAAGAAAGCAUCCAUUUGGGGCUUUCUUCCUUGGAAAAUAAAGGUUUGACACCUCACUAGUAAAGGAAAGCAUCCAACUUACUUCUUCCACCCUUUUCUCCUAUCCUCACUCAUCCUGCGUUAUAUCUAGCUGACCACUCAAAAUGUGAAAGUUUCUUUUGUCCACAAAGAAGCAACACUUGUCUGGAUUGGGAUCAUGAUCACUUCAGCUACUAUAGAAAUUACAUCUUUUCAUGACCAAGAAUUGUUGGAUUUUCUACUGAGUACCCUUCCUUUCUCUUAAGGUUAAAGGGGGGGGGGAAUUGCGACUCUUCUGAUAGCCUGAAAAUUCUAUGCAACAAGGCUGGAAUUCAUCCCUGAGCUAUAAAUAUUCUCCUUUAUCAUUAGGACUGAUUGCUUAGCAACAGUUUGAAGUUACAGUGGCCCUCGACUCAAAAUUUUGACCCCCCCCCACAAUUUGGACCUUCAGCAGCCAUCCAACAUUUACAACCAUUUAUAGCAUCCACAAUCUAUGCCCGCAAUUUAUGCUGUUUUUGCUGGAAACCGGCAUUUGCUCAGGUUUCUGAUGAAAAAUGCCCCAUAGUGAAUAAUGGGAUUACUUAAUGACCACUCCGUUCCCUUAACCAACAUGGUGUUUGCUAACAACUGCCAUGUUAGCUUCACAACUGCUGCAGAAAAAGGUUGUAGAAUCAGGUAUGAUGACCUGCUUACCAAACAUCACAACAUGACCACAACUGCAGUCAAUUACAGUGAUGCAUUGGGGACUGCCUCUAAGCAAUGAAUAACCUUAAAUAAUCAAAUUAAUGCAAACAAAUCAACAAAUAAGCUGGUGGCCUGGUGAUGCAGAUUUCACAUCACAAAUAUAUCAAACCAGAUGAGCAGAAUCCCUAGGUUUGUAGUUCUCUUUGUUUACUAUCACAAAAUAGCACAGAUAUUUUCCAGAAUCGGCAGAGAAAUUUAGAUUUGGAAAAUGUUUUAUUGCUGGGAGGUGAGAAAGGAGUUCUUUGGACAGGUUAUCUGCACACAGAUGUAUAUGUAUAUUUGCAAUUAUGGUAGUUCCCGUGUGCAAAUUUAGGUCUCCAAAUCACUUUUCAGGCAUGUGUGCAUGCACAUAUAAAAUCAAUAUAUUUAGUAGGAGCAGAAAUGUAGAAUCACUGGAAUGUAAUUGAUACCACUUUUUAGCAGAAAUAAAUAUAAAGGCACCUUUUGGCAUCCCAUGGUAUCCUCACCCCACCCCUUUUUAAAACAACUAUGUGGGCGAAAAAAACCUUGUAGCAUGCGAUCCAGAGGGCAGACUUUGAAUGCAAAUAUUUUUACUCCCACAAUAUAUAAUGAUACUUGCUGGUUAUGUGGUCACUCCCUUUGUACUUUGUCCCUGAAAGCAGUGGAAAUCUGUACAGAAUUGGGCAGGUAACCAUAGCAAUUGGACGUUGUGUUCUUUCCUUCCUCUAAUGUGGAGAGUAAAACUCCUACAGAACAGUGUUGGUACAGGCUUAGCAAAGUUUUCUUUGCUGAAAACAGAGUUAGCAGAAGUUGUGACCAUAUGAAGAAGUGGAAGCUCAUCCUUCUGCCUUUUGAAAUAAUUCAUCUGUAGUUCACAGUGGAAACUUCCUGGGACAGAGAAAGAAAAGCAGUGCACCUGACUCCCAUUCAACAAGAGAAGGCCACCUCCUAUAGGAGAUCUGCUUGACAAUGGCAGCAGAAGAUUCUUUGUCAUCUCCUGGCUUGGAUCGAGUAGCUGGUGAGAAGUUCCUGCAGGAAGCCUUCCAGAUCAUGCUUGAAGAAGGAAUUCGAAAAGGGAUGGAUGCCUCUGAAAAGGUCUGCAUUUGGAAGGAACCUGAGGAACUGCAACAAAUUCUGGAUCUCGAUCUAAAAGACAGUGGGGAGCCACAUGAAAAGUUGCUGGAACGCUGUCGGGAUGUUAUCAGAUACAGUGUGAAAACAUGUCAUCCACGCUUCUGCAAUCAGCUAUUUUCUGGGCUUGAUCCCCAUGCUCUGGCUGGACGGAUGAUUACAGAGAUGCUCAAUACUAGCCAAUACACGUAUGAGAUUGCACCUGUAUUUGUCUUGAUGGAGGAGGUGAUGCUGAAGAAACUGCGAAAGUUGAUUGGCUGGGAAAAAGGCGAUGGAAUCUUCUCCCCUGGAGGGUCCAUCUCCAACAUGUAUGCCAUGAAUGUGGCACGGCAUCACCGUUUCCCAGACUGCAAGCAGAAGGGGCAUUGGGCAAUACCAAAGCUAGCAGUGUUUACAUCAGAAGAGUGCCAUUACUCCAUCCAAAAGGGAGCAGCUUUUUUGGGCAUCGGCACAGACAAUGUUUACCUUGUAGCAGUGGAUGAAAAAGGGAAAAUGAUCCCUGCUGAUCUAGAGAAAAAGAUCAACCAGGCAAAAUCAGAGAAAGCACUCCCUUUCUUUGUCAAUGCCACCUGUGGCACCACUGUCCUGGGAGCUUUUGACCCCCUACCUGAGAUUGCGGAGGUGUGCACAAGACACAAACUCUGGUUCCAUGUGGAUGCAGCCUGGGGUGGCAGUGCUCUCCUCUCCCAAAGACAUCGGCAUCUUCUGGAUGGAAUCGAAAGGGCUGAUUCGGUGGCUUGGAAUCCCCACAAAAUGCUUAUGGCUGGACUUCAGUGUUCUGCCUUCUUGGUCCAGGAUAACUCUGGACUACUGCAGAGAUGCCACUGUGCCCAAGCUACCUACCUCUUCCAGACGGACAAGUUCUACAACAUAGCUUAUGACAGGGGAGACCAAACCAUCCAGUGUGGACGCAAAGUAGAUUGCUUUAAGUUGUGGCUGAUGUGGAAGGCCAAUGGCAGCAAAGGCUUGGAGCAGAGAGUGGACAGGGCCUUUGCUUACACUAGGUAUCUAGCUGGUGAAAUUAAGAAGAGAGAAGGCUUUCAGCUAGUGAUAGAGCCAGAAUUCAUCAAUCUCUGUUUUUGGUAUGUACCUCCCAGUCUGCAAGGGCAGGAAGGCUGCACUGAUUACUGGGUGAAACUGGAGAAGGUAGCUCCACUGAUUAAAGAGCGGAUGAUGAAGAAAGGUUCCAUGAUGGUGAGCUAUCAGCCACUUGGCAAAAAGGUGAACUUUUUCCGCCAGGUGGUCACCAAUCCAGCAGUCACCAGAGAUGAUCUGGAUUUCUUCCUUGAUGAAAUUGGGAGGCUUGGCAGAGAUCUGUAGAUCGUGCAUGCAUGUUGUGCUUAACUGUACAAUACAGAUUGGAACAGUUAUGUAUGUGUUUCAAAAGCAGACACCACCUUACUUCCAAUCAUCAUACACCACUGUUGAAAUGGCUUGGAAGCUACACUUCUCCAACCAUGCACAGGGACUCAUGAGUAAGUGCCACUAGCACGCUGUCUUUGCUGCUACUAAACCAUUUUACAAACAUGUUGUGAAGAUGUAAAGUACCUUCCCUCCCCUACCCUAUUGUUAUCUAUUUCUGUAAUUGUGGGUGCGUUCUAAAAUUAAAGCAAACACAAUGCUUUCAUUUCUUCACUGCCUUCUGCAAAAAACAAGGAAAGCCUAAGACUAUCAGAUGUGGACUCCAAAAUCCAACGUUACUAAGUAGCAGCAAAUAACUACAGACUACUCAAUCUGUUUGCCACACAGCUAGUAGCUUGAAAUUUUGCAAUUCACAAUUGGUAGCAUUUGGGAAAUGGUAACUUCCUAGUGAUUAUUCAUUGUGGCUUCACCUCUUGUCUGAAUCAACUCAGUGCUUUCUCACGGGUAUCUGGUAUAUAUUUCAGUAGCCAUUCUCAUCUUGAAGAAGAGCAGCUGGAGAAAGAAAAAUGACUGAUGCUAUUCUUAGCAGAGCAAGAAUAUAUCAAAUCCUGCUAUGAUUAUGUGUUGUUGAGUCUUAGUGACCAGAGUUUCCAUGGUGAUCUUCUCCUAACCUGGUCUUUUAGAUUUCUCAGUAGUACAUCCCCCAAUUUCUACUGUGCUGCUUCAUUGUGGUCCAGGGGCUGUUCCUGGGAGGAACAAGUGAAGAAUAUUGGAAAUGUAUGCCAAGAGUAUAUACUCCCAGCAGGCUCAGGCUCGCCCAAGAUGUGAAGGUCACCCAGCUGUCAAGCUAAAGCAAGCAGGCACCUAUAUUUGGCAGCCAGCAACAGUAUAGGAUUAUGUUGGAGGCAGAUGAUCACUUAGUGACAAUGGCAAAGGCAUUAAUUCAGAUUCAUACUGUACAGAAGGUAAUGGUAAAUCACUCCUGUAUUUUUACAAAGAAAAUGACACGGACAAGCCCUGCUUUAGAAAAUAAAAAUGGACAGUUCUACUUUUUUUCUUUUUGCAAUCUAACUUCUACUUUUCAAUUAAGAUGUAAUUAAAAUUUAAUCAACAUUCUUCUCUCUCUGUCCCUCUCUUUCUCUCCCUUUUGGUAAGUGCUGACUCCUUAACAAGUCCCUGCAGUUUUGGGGCAAAAUUUUUGGAAGUGACUUGUUCUUGCCUUCUUCCUAGGACUGAGAGGGACUGACUGGCUUAAGGACAUGCAUCUGGCUUUGUCCCUGAUUAGAACUCACAGACUCCUGGGUUCUAGUUCUACUAGUUUUACCUACUAAAGUUAUUUGUAUUUUUAAUGGAGGAAAAGAUGAAAAUAAUGCAAAGCUAAGUGUUACAGAGGUUGGAUUUAUAUGUGUGCAUUUUACUUACCUUCCUAUGUAUUUAAAUGUACUGCUUUUAUAAAACUUCACCAUUUUAUACAUGGCAGCAUUAGAAACAGUAGAGUCUCUGCCUCCAAACAGCAUUAAAUCAUUUCUAUUUUUUUAAAAUGUUAUUUUGAUUGAGAUAUUAAAUGAUCCUUUUUAUUUUUAAAAAGUGUAAAAACAAACACAGGAUAAACAUGGAUCUAGAAUUUACAGAAACAAAGACAAUAAACAGGAAAGAAACCCUACAGCCAAUAUAAUGUAUGCAAUGAACCAUUAAAGUAAAUUUUAAAAUAA